AUGGUCAGGCAGGUGAUUACAGACUGGGAUGAAACUGUUACAAAAGUCGAUACCAUUCGUUUUUUGGCAGAGGCUGCGUACAUAAAGAAGCCUCACUAUACACCACCCUUUUCGUAUUUCUCAGAUGUCUACCAAGCGGCUUUGGACAAUUUUAAUGCGGACAAAAAUAUGGUUGCAUUUUCUGAGUUGCAAUAUCAACAACACAUCAAGUCUGUAGAACUAACGUCCAUUAGGGAAAUUGAGAGGUUGAAUCUCUUUCAGGGAUUGUCUAAGAGUGACUUUCGAGCUGUCUCUGAAAGAGUGGAAAUUCAUGCUGACUUUCUCGAGUUCUUGGAGGCUUGUAACAAUUUGAAUAUUCCGGUUGCAAUAUUGAGCGUUAACUGGACAAAGACCGUAAUCGAAGAAGUGCUAAGGAAGAACGGUGUAGAUCCUACUGAUAUGAAGAUCUUGGUCAAUGAGUUUGUAUUUGAUGGUAACAAUGUGUGCACUGGUAGAUUUGACGACGGAAUUUCCAUCAGAACUGGAUAUGAUAAACUUAAAUUGGUCCAGUCAUUCGAAGAGAAAGACUACAUGUAUAUAGGCGAUAGUAGAACAGAUUUGUUAUCUAUUUUUGACAGUAAGGUCGGUGUAAUCUUCAAGAAAGAGUCUACCCGGGAAAAAGCGAGAUCUAUGGGUGUUAAGGUCUUGGAGAAAGGAGAAACAGGAGACACAGGGGUGCCAUAUGUUUACUACGCUGAAGGUUGGCGUGAGCUUAUUGCUUUACUUAAGACUGAUUGA